AUGAAAGUGAAUUAUUUUUUGCGCGAUUUGCUCAAAAUUGUUCCCAUCGACCGGAUUAUCGAGGACAAAGAUUACGCUUUUCGCUUUGCAAUCACCGUUUUGGAUGUGUCGGUAGCCAAACUUCAAGCACGUGCGAAAGAUGAUUUGCAUGUGGACAUACGAUUAAGAUCUGCUUUGGAUCAGGAUGAGAAGGCCCGAGAAUUGCAAGCAGCGAUGGAACAUGCAACGCAAGCAACAACUAUCCUGAAUUUGCUGAUGCAUUUCAAAUGCGAAAGUAUGCAAAAAUCACAGGUCAAGCGAGCAAUCACGUCACUGUUAGCUUUCACCGGUGCUGUCAAAAAGCUGACGGAGGAUGAAAUGAAGCCUUAUGAAAAAAUUAUUGCAAUGGCCAGUGCGCUACUUGAUAAAUUGAUGAAAAACUGCCCCAGCAAAAGCACUGAAAUUGAAAAAUUAUCAAACGAAAGUAUUCGGGCGAGUUUCGAUAAGAAAGCGAAGAUUGCGGAGCGCGAUGCGAAAAUCUCGCUUCAAGAUAUUUUAACUGAUCUUUCGUCGGAUGAAGAAUCUGUUCGUGGGCAUGGUUUGAUCAUGUUGGCAAGGGGAAUUCGAAAACGAUGUGAAAUGUUGUUGGAUCAAAUCAAUUCCGAACCAAAUAUUAUGCGUAUAGUUAUGAGUGCGUUCAAAUUUUCGCAGUCUUACGGGGUUUUCAAAAUUUUGAUGUGUUGA